AUGUCAAGACCAUCGGCAGUUGGGCCAUCGACGGCGCCCGCGAUCGAGCGUCUAUCGCUGGGGUCUUCCUCCAGCCCGUCCACCUCAAGACCCUCCCACGCCCUACCAUCUCUUUCGAAUCCACCCAACCUCAGCGGCGAUAGCGCACAAGCAAGCACAUCAGCAGCGCUCGUCACUCUCGAUGUGCUCGACCUCGCCGCGCCCAUCCCGCACUACGUCGAUAGCCAGGUGCUGCACACUCUAGCUACAGAAAUGGUCACCACGCUCAUUCACAGCUCUCGCGUUGUGCACCGCAAGCAGACGCUGGCACGGGAGGAGCUCCAACAAGCCGGCAUCACUCUACCGACACUCACCAAGCCAUCAUCUGCACCGACCCCGGCGCCUGGCGCCUUGAGCUCCAAUAGCGAAGUGGUCCGGACUAUCUCUGGUGUCGACUCCCCGGAGACCCUCACGGAAGUGGAAACGCUGCUCACCACCCGUCUAGAAAGCAUCGGCUACCACGUGGGCUAUCAUAUAGCCGAGAACCUCGCGCGCGAACGAGCACGCUUCACAGACACCCUCGACGUGCUCAAGUUCGUCUGCAAAGAGGUGUGGGUCUGCGUAUGGGGCAAACAGGUAGACAACCUACGCACCAACCAUCGAGGCGUAUACGUGCUGCACGAUAACAACUUUCAUCCGCUCCGACACGUGAGUACUGCACAGGGGGCGCAAUCGACGGCAAAGGAGGCAAGGGUGUUCUUGGCAUAUUCGGUGGGGUUGGUCAAGGGGGCGUUGGCGCAGUUGGAUGUGCCAAGUAGUGUGGUCGCAGAGACGAAUCAGGCCCCGCAGUGCACUUUCCAUGUCAAGACGCAGAAGGGUGGUGCGCAGGCAGCGACAGCAACAGCAACGGCGCCGGCUACGACACCAUCUGCGGCUGCUUGA